AUGUCAUUCACCAAAAAAGAAAAACCCAUUAUUUACAGAUACAGCAUUGAUAACACCGUUCUUACUAGGCCUGAAGUUAUACGCGAUCUUGGGGCAAUAACUGAGUCUGCUUUCAAAUCCUUAGGCUUUGUCAUCCGGAAUGGUCGGGAGUUUGGUGAUAUUGAAACACUGAAAUUACUCUAUUUCACUUACUGUAGAUCUUGUCUUGAAUACGCCUCUGUCAUAUGGAGUCCUGUAUAUAAUAUCCACAUUUCUUCCCUUGAAAGAAUACAAAGACGUUUUCUUAAGACGGUGUCCUACAUAGUCGAUGGCGUUUAUCCCCUGAGAGGUUAUCCUCAGGAUUUACUUCUGGGUAGAUUCAAAAUUCCAUCUUUGCUAAAUAGACGUAGAGAGCACUCGAGCAAAUUCUCCACUUGUUCAAAUGGUGGUUAA